CCUAUCGGCGAGGGGGAGACACUGACACCUGACGGCCGCAUCGCUCGACGCGCAGGUCGGUCAUCACGACCGACUCGGACUCCGCAGUGCAAGGAACUGCUGCAUUUUAUGGAAGCUGUGUGCGCGCGUCACGCCGUGAUCAUGCUGCCCCCUAAGAAUUGCCUGCCGAGGAACUACAGCUGCAUAGCCGGACUGUUCGGCAGCCUGGCAGCGGCGAACCCGCGCCUCGACGACGGGGAAGAUUUCGACACGAUGCACGCCACCUGUGAAGCCAUCGAGAGCCCCGUGGUGGAAGAGAGACCGAGGGGCAGAGAGGUCUUCCUGAAGCCGCCACAGAGUCCGAGUCUGCGCCGCAGGUGCAAAUCUCUGCCCACGCCCACCGAGAGAGCCAAGUUGGAGAUAUCCCGCAGCAGGAGUCCAACCAGUCAGAAAAGGGUCCGCUUCGCCGACUCCCUCGGCCUGGAGCUCAUUUCGGUGAAGCACUUCGACGAUACAGAUGAGCCAGAGGUGCCGGAGCGCAUACUGGCCAAACUGGCCAAGGGACACCCCGACCUCCAUCACCUGGACACCAAAUUCCCGCGCGCCCCUGCGCAGUCUAUGCUGAUGGAGUUGCAGUUCACCAACCCGGGGACGCUACCGGGCUUUGAGCAGAAAGUGAGGGAGGUGAAGGUCCUGCUGGAGACCGUGCAGGUGGACGAAUUCAGCAUGUCCGGGUUUGUGCGCGUGCUGAAUCUGGCUUUCGAAAAGAGCGUCUCUUUGCGCUAUUCUCUGAAUAACUGGCUAACAUGUAUGGACAGCCUGGCCUCAUACGUGCCGGACUCCAGCAAAGGGGACACUGACAAGUUCCGUUUCAAGAUAGUCAUGCCCACUUACCUCGACAACGGAGGCACCUUUCAGUUCGCAAUCAAAUACUGUGUCGGCGGGACGGAGUUCUGGGACAAUAAUAACGGGAACAACUACAAAGUUCGGCGUCACCGGUUCAAGAUGUCCCCGCCGCGGGAAUGGGAGAAUGGAUGGAUUCACUUUAUCUGAGCGCUGUCGUGCUUGUGGUCUGCAGUGGCACACUGCGUGCGUAAAUUUGCGCGUAACUGAUCACCGGGCACCUUAAGUAUGACUGUGGCUUAUUAAAGAUGUUCUUUUCUCAAACGGCGAGCUGCACACAGAGCCGCGACACUGAAAAAUACUUAUACUAUACUCAUUAUAAUUCGAAUAUUUGCCCCGACGCGGUAACAUAUGUACGAUCAAAGAUUGGCGGUACACGCCGUUGAUGGGUGCCUGGAGAGGGAUCCUGGUAGAUAAAUUGCCUUGACGUCAGGGCCUUCUGUUGGUGACCUUCGGGAGGGCACAGUCACGUUAUGUAAUGUAGAAACACGUGACAUGGGAAACGUGCAGGGCAUUGCCAACUUUUGGCAUCACUGUGCCUUUCAGGGGAUGCUGAAAAAUGAUGCGAUGGCAGGGAGAUGUUUUAAAUGGUCAGUUGUGUUUCGCAUGUGUGCAAAUAUAUCGUGUUGAUAAGAACCAGAAAGCCUCACAUUUGGGCUAAUAUGGAUAUCAACCUAGUAUAAUAUUCUUAUAUAUAUAAUAUUCCUCUCCUGCAGGCUGGGGGAAACACACACACACACACACUUUGUCUUAUUGAGUUGACAGAACUAAGACAUUUGGUAGGUUAUUUUAUAAAAAACAACAACAACAACAACAAAAUAACCAAACAAUUACCCUCUGUCAUACCAUUGAAAAUGCCUUAUUUAAAGCCUUGAUGUGGGAAGUUGUGCAAUGAAUAUUUUGAAUACAGUAUUUUCUUCAUUUGGCUUGACUAAAUGCAUUUUAUGGCUGUCAUACUUAAACUUUAACAACUAAAAAUUAAACUUUUACAGGAACCGAGAUUUAGUUUGUGGCUUUUAAUCUUCAUAAACCAGCAAUAUAUUUGCACCUAUUCAACACACAUUGUAUAUUUCUUAGCCGAAUUAUAAAAAAAAAAAAAAAAAGUUCAUUGUUCAAGGAUUGCUAACCAAAGUUCAAAGGGAAAGAAAACGUUGUAGCUAAAUUAUAACUGCAUCAUCUAUGAAAGCAUAAAGUGUGUGUUUAUAAAGAAUGGGCCUCGACACGCUCAUACUCUACUGUGAUAGGAAGGAAACACUGUAAGCUGUAAGCAAAACCAGGAAAUACAUUUAUAGUAGCAAUGUUUGCCAGGUUAAAUUUACCUCAGACCCUUUCUCUUCUUCUUCAGGUUGAUCGUUUUAAAGCAGUUUUUAUUUUUGCAGCAAUUAUUUUCUAGCGGAUACAUUGAAAACACAAUGCGUAUUCAUUUCUAUGGUUGAUUGCACUGUGUAACUGUUUUCCAUGACGCAGUGUUCUUGAUCAAGUAGCUAUUUCACUGGACAAAUAAUUUAAACUGCUGUGAAAGUGUAUGAUAAUAUCCUCACCACUGUGCAUGAAUAGUGCUGCGCUUAACACCUGACUGAAGGGGUGUCAGCCGCCGGGCUGUUUGACACUUCAUUUUCAUUCCUUUGACCAUAAAUGAUGUUCACCAAGCAGUCGUACCAUUCACAGACAAAAGCGUUUAUUCCCCUGGUGGUCUGUCUUCCACACCUGUACUUUGUGGUGAACAUGCUUGCCCGUCGUAGGAAAACACGUUUAAUUCCAAAGUAAAUCUUCAUUGUGCUUUCUGUAAGUGUAGAAUAUCAUGAAUGAUUUUGGCAAGUUGAGACUCCAGUUUAGCAAAUAGAGGAACAACAAGCUCCAUGCUUUUAUUUCCAGUGCUCUGACUGUAAUCGGAAGAUCACUUUUGUUUACAUCAUCACGGCCGUAGAGGGAGGCUCUCCAUUUUAAUAGCCCAUCAGGUUGGGAUGUGGAAAAAGACUAUUCCUGUAAACACUUUGUCUUUGGAGCCGUUCCACCAUCUGCAAUGUUUGUCUCUGAAUACGAUGUUGUUAGAAUAGUUUUGCUAAAGUGAUAGAUGGCCAUCACAGUUAAAGUGACCUUUCUCUCCAUUUAUCACACACAGACUUGCAUUUUAUCGCCUGUUAGUUUGAGUCCACCGUGGAUAUAGACGCUCUGGGAUGGACAAUGCUUAACGUGUGUUAUGUUGUUGAAUCAGUGUGUAUUUGCACAUUGUUCUGUAAACCUUGUACAAACAUUCAUACUGGGCCAAACCAGAACUCAUUAUAUGAAGCAUCACUCCUCACACAGAUUAGAUUUUUUAGAUUUUAACAUUUGGUUUUGACAUGUCCCGACCAGAUUUGUGAUAACAUAAAGGACAUUGACAUGCUGUAACGUGGAAACUAGUAAAAUACCUGCGCAAAGUUUUACUGCUGUUUGCAUCUCUACCAUAAAGCUUGGUACCAUAGAGCUACCAGCUACCAUAGAGCUUCAGAAUUCACAGGUAUAUAUUUAUGUAUAUAAAUGUCUUAAUGUUUCAUAUUGAAUGUCUUCCCGUUACUGUUCUACGUUUUGUGUGUGUGUGUAAGUAUUUUCAAAGCGAAGUUGUGAGGUGAAUUGGACAAGUUGUCUUCAGAUGAUCAUGGGAAGUUGAGAAACAAUGUAGUUGCCCAAACUCAAAGAAAUCCUAAAGCACACUAGCUGCUAUAUUGAAUGAUCACAAUAUUCUGGUUACUAACUGCAGUAAUUUGUCUCAAAAGAAUGUUUUCUGCAGAAUCUCCCCUGAUAUAUGUAGCACAAUGGGAGCAGUGUAUCUGAAAGAAAGGAUUACAUUGGAAACAACUGUGUACACUGCCUUACUAAAAUAUAAGUUUGCUUAGCAAUGUGUAGCUGGAGGAAUGAAGAAUGCAAAUGCUUGUUUGUUAAGAAGUUGUGAUUACUGAUGGAUGCAAACAUGGACUCUGGACAAUGACAGGGGGAUACAUCUGGGCAAGAUCGGUAAUCCCAGAUACUAAUAAGCGACUUAUGAUUGUAGAUGUACUGAGCAGACAGGUCUAAUGCACUUUGAGGGAGAACAAGAGAAGGUUGAAAGUCACUAUAUAUAUAUAUAUAUAUAUAUAUAUAUAUAUAUAUAUAUAUAUAUAUAUAUAUAUAUAUAUGUAUGAAAGAUGGUUUCCAUUAUGUGUAAUGUUUUACUGCUUUUUUCUGUCAAUUUGGGAAGCCUAAAUUAGUCUCAACCAUUCUUUGGUACUGAAUUGACUGUUAAGUCUUUUGGUUUUGUAAAUCCUAUGCAACCGUCUGUAACAUCUGAAGUCAUUUGUCUGUUCAUCUAUAAUACGUGCUGUCUUUUGUUUUCUCUUUCGAAGUGAACCAUGUUUGCAUGUCUAAAAUACAUGUAUUUGUACUCUUAUAUUUUGGUAAAACAAUGGUUAAUAAAGGCAUUUGUGAUGGAAACUAAA